ACGAGGCAAAAGCGGCCAUAACCUCAAAAAAGCCGGGUUCAUUGACGCAUCUUUAGCUUGACAGGUAGUUUAUAUACAAGCCGAAUAUUAAGUUAGAAACGUUUGCAACCACACAUAUACAAAAAUCUCACCUUGUGAACCAUCACUACAAAUCCAAAACCUAUUUUUUUAUACCAUAAACGCAGCGAAAAUGUCCGAUAAACCUACGCCUAAGAAGCCAAAAACCAGCGAAGACGGCAACAAAGUGGACGAUUCUAACGCAGAGGGCGACAUGGACUCCGCGAUCAUAGAGUUAGAGAUGUGCCACAACGAACUCGACAAACUCAAUGAAAAAGAAAACGAGGAAGUCAUCGCGAUGGAUCAAAAGUACAGAAAACUCAGGCAAGAGAGCUACGACAAACGCAGCAAAGUCAUAGAACGGAUCCCCGAUUUUUGGUUCACGGUGUUCACGGGCCAUCCGGAUCUGUGCAACAUUUUAACAGAAGAGGAGGAGGAUUGUUUGCAUCACUUGCGCAAAGUGGAAGUGGAUAUCGCGGACAACAACUCCGGCUACAGCCUCAAGUUUUACUUCAAAGAGAACCCAUAUUUCAAAAACGAUCUUCUGGUUAAGGAGAUUUCGUAUAAACAGGACAAAAUGGCGUCAGAGAGUACAAAGAUUGAUUGGAUUAAGCCACAGAAAAAGACUGCUGCUAAAGGACAAGGGAAGAAGCGCGCUCGCGAGGAGCCAAAGUCGUUCUUUCAGUGGUUUAGCAAUAAUGAUGAUCCCACGAAUGACAAGAUUGCUGAAAUUAUCAAAGAUGAUCUUUGGGCUAACACGCUCCAAUAUUAUUUGCCGGACCCGGACAUGGAGGGCGAGGACGACAGCAACGAGAGCUCUGAAGGGGAGGACGGGGAUGAAGCAAAUGGAGCCAAGACUGCAAAAGCGUCAGCCGAUGGAACAUCAUCAAAUUAAUUACUUUUCAUUAUCCAGAUGUAUCACUUAGAAUCAAUGUUUUCUCUUUUAAUGGAAAUGAAUUGAAUCUCGUCUGGUUAUUUUUACUUUAGUUAGUAGUAGGAACAAUGUAUUUUUUUUUCUUGAAGCGCUUGUCCCUCAUGUGACAAGCUAUCUAAACUAGGUUAUGAAGUGUGACUAUCUGAUGUGGAUUAAAAUGAUUUUUUAUA